AUGGCAGCGCCUCCCCCACAACCGCCCAGCCGCGGCGGCAUGUCGCUGUACGCAAACCUGCUCGACACCGACGGCUCAGCUUCCAUCGCCCGCGACCCGGUGCUCUUCAAGAACGAGCAGGACCAUGCGCCAGCCAAGAAGGCCAUUGACCCAGCCCCCGCUUCCGCCCCCGCCCCCAACCGGAGCACCCUUGCCGACUGGGCCGCCACCGAAGACGACGAGUACGAGUACGGGUACGGCGGGCCCGCGGGCGGCGGCGACAAGCGGCAGCGGGGCGGGCGGCGCAAGAAGAAGAAGAACCGCAACAACAACAACAACGAGGACGCCGCGCGGCGCGAGACCGACUGGGACGAGCUGUACGACCCGGCGCGCCCGACGAAUGUGGAGGAGUAUUUGAGGAGUGAGGAUAGGGUGAGGGAGGUCAGGGAGUGGAAGGCCGUGUUGUAUGCGCAUCGGAGGAGGGGAAGGCAUGGGGGUGGGGGUGGGCGUGGGAUGGGUGUUAACGGGAUUACAGAUCAGUUCGCGCCUCCCGCGUCGUUUACCCUUUGCGCCCGCCACCGAUGUCACCUCCCCGUGUGGCGGACGAUGCCACCGGGCGAACGAAUAGCGUACGCCAGGCGGUUUAGCAUUAUCAGGCAUGGCACCACCCACCACCCCCUCCCCCCGAAACCGCAUCACCAGCACCCCCACCGCCACCACCCCCAGCAGACGCAGACCCCGGCCACCAUCUCCCGCGCCCCAGUCCGCUACUCCCAACCAGCCAACCCAGACGCAGACACCGCCAUGGACAUCGACGCCGCCGACACCGACUACGACCCCGAAGUAGACUACACCUCCAUCCCGCUCCCACCCCAACAACCACCCACCACCACCCAGCACUCAGAAGAAGAACGCACCACGCGCCCCGGGCAAAAGGGCUUCGCCCAGCGCCUCAUGGCCAAGUACGGCUGGACCAAAGGCAGCGGGCUGGGCGCCGCCCAGACCGGCAUCACCACGGCGCUGCGCGUGCAGGUCGAGAAGCGCAAGCGCCGGCCGGAUGCCGAAGGCGGCGGGUUUGUGGGUCCGGCCGGGGGGAGGGGGAGGAUUAUUGCGCCUAAUGUGAAGGGGAACCAGGGUGAGGAGGACGGAGGGGUGGGCAAGAUGUCGGUUGUGGUGGUGUUGGAUCGCAUGUUGGAUGGUAUGGCGGAUGUGGAGGGCGAGGUGGAGGCUGGGUUGGGGCAGGAGAUUGGGGAGGAGUGUGGAGAGCGGUAUGGGCGGGUGGAGAGGAUUGUGGUGGAUGUGGAGGGGGCGAGGGUGUUUAUACGGUUCGUGGAGGCGGUUUCGGCGCUGAAAGGCUGUGAACGCGCUACAGGGGAGGAUAUUCAACGGGAAUGCGAUUGCGGCAAGGUUUUACGACGAGGAAAAGUUCGAGGAGGGGGUUGGACACACAACACCGAGAGGCGUGGAACAAAACUAAACGUAUGA